CACUUCGUCUCUCAACAGGCAUGCCUAUCUGGACAAUCUUCUCUCAGUAUGAGAAACGAUAUGCCCAUCCAAUGCAGAUGAAUGUAUUCCGGGUCAUGAAAACUGCCUACCACAUGUUGUGCCCAUUAAGGGAGCCCUCCACAAUCGACGAAAUAUCAUCACAACCCCUAACAAUCGGGUAUGUAUCCUCAGAAGGACCUCCAGACCUAUCAAGCCUUGUCAUCCGUGUUGAUCGCUUUUCUGUCCUGUUCCGUGACAUGCAGAUCCGAGACCAUUGGCGUAAUGUCUGCAUUCCCGUCCCUAGUGAGCUCACGCCGGUCAUCAUGGACAUCUAUGAGUUUGCCCUCGCGAGGUCCGAUGUAUGCUCUCAUCAGUGGGAUACAAUGACGGAGAGUUACUUUGCACGUAGGAUAUGGAAACAACUGCAAGUGGAGGUAAGUAUUGAUUUAUACCAUCAACGUGUUUCACAACGACAGGUUCCUGGUGGCACAGACACCAGAUUACCACCAGCCUUCUGGAAGUGCUCUAUAUGCGCCUCUGAUCUCAUCAACUGCAACAGCUGUCAGGUUGCAUCGUGUGAGUCGCAUGAUUGCCGCGGAUCUUCCGAACCCCCGCUCGCGCGGUGCAUCACGCAUCCAAACAAAGUGCUAUGUCUCCCAUGCCUCGAGUAUCAUGAUUCUCAGCGGCUGGUACAAUGUCCACAGUGCAACUCCUGGUGCUGUCCGAAGGAUCAGCUAUCAUGUACUGGUCGUCCCGUUGGCAUCGAGUCCAAUUCUUUCUUACGGGCCCAACGCUGGCCUAAUGUACGUCUCAUGAUGGCCUACUACACUCACGAACGCGUUCACCCUCCCAAGCCUAAUCCCUGCCAGGAAUGCAAAACACCCGGCUGGCGGACCUGCGCCAACAUUACAUGUUGGUCUAAUCAUAUCUGCCCAGAAUGCGCGAGCUAUGGCGUGAUGUGGUUGUGCGAAAGAGUGUGGGCUUGCGACCUCUGUGCAGAACGGGUACAUGGAAUCUUCGUUCGAUGUCCGCGCUGCAAUCGGCCGUUCUGCAUCACUUGCUUCUCCAUCAACCAAUGCAAGGAAUCGCCAGAUGCAGACGAUGUAUUGCCGGCUGAAAGUUGCGUGGGAGGUGUGCGAAUGCGUAGGAUUUAUUCAUGGGAGUCACAUUGGAGGUAAAAUAACUCAGUCUCAGACCGAGGGGACCAUGCUCGCAAGCCGAAGCGGUUCCGAGCCAGAGGUCAGGAUGGAGACUUGCUAAGCACUUCCUGUGAAUAGAACAUCCAGCCUGGGUUCCGACUGUUUGUUUCCCAUAUCACAUAGUGAUAUAAGUUCACGUAUAUCACAGAUCAAACAGCGUACCCAGUUCCUCUCUCAUCGCGUCGAAGUUUGAUACUGAAGGUAUUCGAGAAAAACAGUGUACCAUGACACGGUCCUCAUAGUAUUUUAACAUAAGUGUAGAACAGGUCC